AUGGUUAACAAAAAUUGUACUGAGAAUUAUGCAGAGAAAGCACAGAGGGAUUUGCAGUACAUUGAGUGUUUAGAAGAAGAACGUCGCAAGAUUCAAGUGUUUCAGCGCGAACUUCCCCUCAGUCUGGACAUUGUCUCUCAAGGAAUGUUUAUUUACGCGUUUUUUUUCCAUUUAUCUAUUGAAGCAUGCAGAAAAGAGAUGAGUUUGCAGGGGAAUUCUGAGAGUUAUGAACAGACAUUUAAAGGAGGGCCUGUUUUCGAAGAAUUUAUUCCUAUGAAAAAUGUAAUUUCUGAUUCUCCAGACGAAAGUGAGCAGCGCGGAGAUAAUAAGAAUGGAAAAAAUGUUGUCAGCAGCAGUGAUGAUUGUAGUAAUGAUGGAUCGACGAAAUCAGACUGGCUUAAAUCUGUUCAAUUGUGGAACCAUACCCCAGAUCAAUCCACUGAUAAGGAUUUAAUCAGAGAAUUGUCAGUCACCGAAGUACAAAAAAAUGGUAGUGCAGAGGCUUUUCAAUUUCAACCGGUGAGUUGUGCACAACGACAGGAGGUGACAAUCCCCAGAGUGAGUUCUACGACAGAGAGUGGUGGUGGUCGUGGUGGUGGAAGUAGCAAGGCAAGACGGCACUGGUCCCCGGACUUGCAUAGGCUUUUCUUGGCUGCCAUUGAAGAGCUUGGUGGUGCUUUUGUGGCUACACCAAAACAAAUUAAGGAGAAAAUGAAGGUUGAUGGGCUUACCAAUGAUGAGGUUAAAAGCCAUUUGCAGGUAUAG